UGGUCCUUUCUCUCACCUCCUUCCUCCCAGAUCACAUCCAGUGAGUCUAUGUUGAGCUUUUCCAAUCAGAUGGAGGGAGAAAUGCAAAGGCAGGGAUAAACGCCAACAGCUCAGUCAUUUUUCUGGAGAGACCUGGCAAAGUCCCCCUAGCAACUGGUCCCAGAAGUAUAGAGCAAGGAGUUCAUAGUUUUACAGUAACAUACGCAGAGAUCCUCCCAACGCAACAGCAUCUCUGGCCACAGCUGCUGGCUCAAAAUGCUGUUUACUCUAGGACUUCUCCUCCUUCUCACCCCAUUUCCCUCUUUUCAAACCACGACCAGUGAGAAGAGAGACACCACAGGAAGCGACGUGACUAAACCCAAUGCCGUUUUCACCCUGUCAAAACCAAAAACCACUGCAGCCCCUGCCAAACAGACGGUCCACUCCACCCUAAAGCCAAACACAGUCAAUCAGACAGUUUUACCCACUCUUGGAACCAACCAAAAGCCUCCAACUGUCGGUGCUACGGCAAAAGCCUUCAGUGGCACCAUCACCAACAAAGAAAAGCACAUAGUCUCAGUCAACCAGACUGUUCUAGCUAAGUCGCCCUCAGCUAGCGAAGUAAAGACUAGUAAAGACAAGCCUGCCCACACUGGAGCUGCUCAGUCAGCAUCCACCAAGUCUGCCUCAGCUAGUGGUGCUAAAACCACCAAAGACAAACUCCAACCUUCUGUCAAUCAGACCGUUUCAAUAAAAUCUCCUUCAACCAGCAAUGGGAAGGCUGCCAAAGACAAACCUGCCCCCACUGUAGUUCAAAAUGUUCAAUCAACAUCCAAUCAGCCUGCUCCUACCAGUGACACUAAAACUACCAAAAACAAGCCCACAGCCUCCGUCAAUCAAACUGUUGUUGCUAAAUCCCCUGCCACUAGUGAAGUGAAGUCCAAAGACAGGCCUGCCUUUACAAAAGUUCAAACUGUUCUUCCAACAAAGGCUGCUACAGUUGCAGAUAAAGAUAAGGUCACAGCCUCUGCCAAUCAGACCACUUCAAUCAAGGCUCCCAGCACCACCACCAAAGAGAAUCCUGUCCCUUCACAGCCAAUCAAGGUGAUCAUUAGUGACGGAUGUGACUCAAGUAACGCCAAGGGGCAGGAGCUGAAACUGAAGCCUGGCGCUCCUCUGGUGAUGACGCAUAAGAUCAGUUUGGUGCCUGGUGGAUGCACUGGCGGAUGUGAGGCUGAGAUGGCGGCGCUGAAAGGACGAGUGGCCCGACUGGAAAAAGAGAUGUCGUCGCUAAAAGAAAAAUGUCCCUGUUCUGCAAACUGUCCAAAUGACUGUAGCGGCAAUGGGGAUUGUGAGAAGGGGAAAUGUGUCUGCCAACAGGGAUUCACAGGUGUAGACUGCAAAGCUACCAAAGGGAAGGUCAUGGUAACAGUGGAGACAGUAACCCUGCAGGUGAACCAAGACAAGGAAAACGCACAGGAGAGAACCACCAAGGCAGAGCAUACUCUUUUCCAAAAGAAAGAGAAGAAGGGAAAAACUGAUGCUGGCAAGACUGGAAAAGGGAAGUUUACGCGGAAGAGUCAGUCCAUUGUGAAUACAACCAUCGUGGCAACAUCAGACGAAGCAAACAAGAACAAAACAGCUACCCAUGGCUCUGGGAAGAGCACCAGGAGGAAUGGAGGAACUGGAUUAGGAUCUGUGAAGGUUGUAAACAUCUCCUCAUACAGCUUCACCCUCACUUGGUCAGCACCACAAGGAAUGUUCAAAAACUUCACUGUGAUCAGACGAGAGCCACGGACAGAGGGCGAUGAAGAUGAACACGAAAAGUUCGAGGAGGAAGUUCUUGAAGGAGACAAGAUCUCUGCAGCUAAGAAUACAACUGAAGUUCUGGUACAAAGUGAAAGCACCAAUAUGACAACUAAAGGUGUGGGAUCAAGAGGCAGAGCUGAAACCAAGAGGAUCUCUAUGGUGGUCCCCGGCAACGUACGCUCCAUGGAGUUCAGUAAUCUUCGGGCAAACACCCGCUAUGUCCUGCAUAUAUACGGCACUACAGCAGAAAGAAGAUCAAAGAUUCAUAGAGUAACUGCAAUCACAGGUAAUUUACAGUAG